AGGCACGGCGAGCAUCCGAUGGAUCUGGCAACUCUGGGAUUCGAGCGCGGUUUGGGGCUUUCAGGCCUCCACCCCUGAGCCGUGCCAGGAUGGCGCCAUCCGGAUAGAGGGCUCCUGAGUUUGGAAUGAAGACUAUUCUCAGCAACCAGACCGUCGACAUUCCGGAGAAUGUCGACAUCUCUCUGAAGGGCCGCACGGUCAUCGUGAAGGGCCCCAGAGGCACCCUGCGGAGGGACUUCAACCACAUCAACGUGGAGCUCAGUCUCCUCGGAAAGAAAAAGAAGCGGCUCCGAGUUGACAAAUGGUGGGGAAAUAGAAAGGAACUGGCUACUGUCCGCACUAUCUGCAGCCAUGUACAGAACAUGAUCAAGGGUGUUACACUGGGCUUCCGAUACAAAAUGAGGUCCGUGUAUGCUCACUUCCCUAUUAACGUUGUUAUUCAGGAGAAUGGGUCUCUUGUUGAAAUCAGAAACUUCUUGGGAGAAAAAUACAUACGCAGGGUUCGAAUGAGGUCAGGUGUUGCAUGCUCACUAUCGCAAGCCCAGAAAGAUGAAUUAAUUCUUGAAGGAAAUGACAUCGAACUUGUAUCAAAUUCAGCUGCAUUGAUUCAGCAAGCUACAACUGUUAAAAACAAAGAUAUCCGGAAAUUUUUGGAUGGUAUCUAUGUUUCUGAAAAAGGAACAGUUCAGCAGGCUGAUGAAUAAUCUCUAUGGUGUCCAACCACACAAGCAGCAAAAUAAUGGAUGAUGUGUGAUCUCUUAAAAGAUGCAAUAAAAGCCAUUACUGGUUUGGAA